AUGUUGAGCCAGGACAUAUCGCACGCAGUCGUGGCGUUCUCUUCGCCGGGCGCAAACGUGUAUCCCAGGAACCGAGAAGCGACCAUCGCGCUUGCUCGGCUGAUUAAUGAGCAGUCCGCAGCGUAUGCGCGAGUCUACCCCAACCACUUCUCGUUCUACGCCGUUGUACCGCUCCCAUAUACCCAGGAUGCAAUCGCUGAAGCCAUGUACGCUCUCGACACGCUUGAAGCCGCAGGUAUCGCGCUCUACUCCAAUUUCGAAGGUCGAUACCUUGGCGACUCUGCCUUCACGCCCUUCUUCCAAGCCAUGAAUGCGCGAGGGACCGACCAGAUCAUCUACGUUCACCCCACGACGCCCUACCUGCGCAUCAACGGCUCACCCAUCGAAGCAAACCCAACGACGUACCCAACAGGCAACAUCGAGUUCUACUUCGAAACCGCGCGCGUUCUCCAAGACCUCGCCGUCACGCAAACCAUUCUCAACUUCACAGACAUCAACUACAUCAUCCCACACGUCGGCGGCGCAUUCCCGUCUGUCGCAGACCGCCUGUUGAAGUCGUUUCCCGCGAUCUACGACCGCACCCUCGAGGCUUUGCAGACACGCUUCUUCUGGGAUUCCGCGGGCCCGACGUACUUCCACCAAGUUGGUGGCCUACUUGCGUACGACAUACCGGCGUCGAAUCUGUUGUUUGGGACGGAUUACCCGUACGCGCCGGUCUUCACGUAUGCGCCUUCGCUAGUAGGUAUUAAGACGUCGCGGUUCGUAGACGAUUCCGAGCGUGCCUAG